GGGGCCGGGCGGGCUCGGCCGCUGCGCCCGCAGGUACCGGCCGUGCGCGCCGCUGCCGCCGCCGGGGAGCCUCUGCUGCGCCCGCAGGGUUUCCAAAGGGCGUAUUUAUCUUCUUAGAGUGCUGCCUAAGUAUCACUUAAUCGUUAAGCAUCUGAUUUCCUCCAAGUUACCUGUCAUGCUGCUCAUGAUCUAGUGCCCAGGAGGGUGGGACACAGAGGAUUUUUGGCCAUGGCUCCAAGGAAGAGGAGCAGUCGGGGGAUCUCCUUCAUCUUCUGCUGCUUUCGCAGCAGUGACCACCCUGAGAUCACGUACCGGCUGCGCAAUGACAGCAGCUUCGCCCUGCAGACCAUGGAGCCCGCGCUGCCCAUGCCGCCGGUGGAGGAGCUGGACGUCAUGUUCACCGAGCUGGUGGAUGAACUUGACCUCACAGACAAGCACAGAGAGGCCAUGUUCGCGCUCCCAGCGGAGAAGAAGUGGCAGAUCUACUGCAGCAAGAAGAAAGACCAGGAAGAAAAUAAAGGAGCUACCAGCUGGCCAGAGUUUUAUAUCGAUCAGCUGAAUUCAAUGGCUGCUAGAAAGUCGCUGAUCGCUUUGGAAAAGGAAGACGAGGAGGAGAGAAAUAAAACCAUCGAAAGUUUGAAGACUGCACUGCGGACGAAACCCAUGAGGUUUGUAACCCGGUUCAUUGACUUGGAUGGCUUGUCCUGUAUUCUGAACUUCCUCAAAAGCAUGGACUACGAGACGGCCGAGUCUCGAAUACAUACCUCGCUCAUUGGGUGUAUAAAAGCACUGAUGAACAACUCCCUGGGCCGGGCCCACGUCCUGGCCCAUUCAGAGAGCAUCAACGUCAUCGCUCAGAGCCUGAGCACAGAGAAUAUUAAGACGAAGGUGGCAGUGCUGGAAAUCAUGGGCGCCGUGUGCCUGGUUCCCGGGGGCCACAAAAAGGUGCUGGAGGCAAUGCUGCACUACCAGAAAUACGCCAGCGAACGGACUCGCUUUCAGACGCUGAUCAAUGACUUGGACAAGAGCACGGGGCGGUAUCGGGACGAAGUGAGCCUCAAGACAGCCAUCAUGUCCUUCAUCAACGCGGUGCUGAGCCAGGGAGCAGGCGUGGAAAGCCUGGAUUUCAGACUCCAUCUGAGAUAUGAAUUUCUGAUGCUUGGGAUCCAGCCAGUCAUUGAUAAACUAAGAGAGCAUGAAAAUUCAACCCUUGACAGGCACUUAGAUUUCUUUGAAAUGCUUAGAAAUGAAGAUGAACUGGAAUUUGCCAAAAGAUUUGAGCUGGUCCACAUCGACACCAAAAGUGCAACUCAGAUGUUUGAGCUGACGAGGAAGAGGCUGACUCACACCGAGGCAUACCCGCACUUUAUGUCCAUCCUGCACCACUGUCUCCAAAUGCCUUACAAAAGAAGUGGCAACACUGUCCAGUACUGGCUGCUUCUGGACAGGAUUGUGCAGCAGAUAGUCAUCCAGAGUGACAAAGGGCAGGACCCCGACGCCACUCCCCUGGAAAACUUCAACAUUAAGAACGUUGUCCGCAUGUUAGUUAAUGAGAAUGAAGUGAAACAGUGGAAAGAGCAAGCAGAAAAAAUGCGAAAAGAGCACACUGAGCUUCAGCAGAAGCUGGAAAAGAAGGAGCGGGAGUGUGAUGCCAAGGCCCAGGAGAAGGAGGAAAUGAUGCAGACGUUGAACAAGAUGAAGGAGAAGCUGGAGAAGGAGUCCAGCGAGCACAAGCAGGUCAAGCAGCAGGUUGCAGAUCUCACAGCGCAGCUCCACGAGAUGAGCAGGAGGGCCAUCUGUGCCGCCGGCCCCGGGGGCCCCCCGUUGCCACCAGGAGCUCCCGGUGGCCCUUCACCUUCUCCGGCUCCUGGAUCUCUUCUUCCCCCUCCCCCACCCCCACCCCCACCAGGGGGAUGUCCCCCACCACCUCCCCCACCACCACCCCCUCCAGGUGGUCCCCCACCCCCCCCAGGCCCCCCACCCCUGGAUGGGGUGAUGCCUCCCCCCGGAGCACCUCUGGGCUUGACCCUCAAGAAGAAGAGCAUCCCACGGCCGACCAACGCCCUCAAAUCCUUCAACUGGUCCAAGCUGCCAGAGAACAAGCUGGCAGGCACUGUGUGGACCGACAUCGAUGAUACAAAAGUGUUCAAAGUCCUGGACCUCGAAGACCUGGAGAGGACAUUCUCUGCCUACCAAAGACAGCAGAAGGAAGAUGCCAUCGAUGACACCUUGAGUUCCAGGCAUAAAGUCAAGGAGCUUUCAGUCAUAGAUGGCCGGAGAGCUCAGAAUUGCAAUAUCCUGCUCUCCAGGCUGAAACUCUCCAACGAGGAGAUCAAACGAGCGAUUUUGACGAUGGAUGAGCAGGAGGACCUCCCGAAAGACAUGUUGGAGCAGCUCCUGAAGUUUGUUCCUGAAAAGGGGGACAUUGACCUACUGGAAGAGCAUAAGCACGAGCUGGACCGUAUGGCCAAGGCUGACCGGUUCCUCUUCGAAAUGAGCAGGAUAAACCAUUAUCAGCAAAGGCUUCAGUCGCUCUACUUCAAGAAGAAGUUUGCAGAGAGAGUUGCAGAAGUCAAACCCAAGGUGGAAGCGAUCCGCGCCGGCUCCAAGGCGGUGCUGCAGAGCAGCAGCCUCCAGCAGCUGCUGGAGGUGGUCUUGGCCUUCGGCAACUACAUGAACAAAGGCCAGAGGGGCAACGCCUUUGGGUUUAAGAUCUCCAGCCUCAACAAGAUCGCGGACACCAAGUCCAGCAUUGACAAGAACAUCACCCUUCUGCACUAUCUCAUCACUAUCGUUGAAAAGAAGUAUCCCAAAGUCCUCCGCCUGCACGAGGAGCUGCGAGACAUCCCGCAGGCAGCCAAAGUCAACAUGACCGAGCUGGAGAAAGAAAUAAACACUCUGAGGAGCGGCCUGAGAGCGGUGGAGACUGAGCUGGACUUCCAGAAGUCUCAGGUUCAGCAAACAGGUGACAAGUUUGUGUCUGUGGUCAGCCAGUUCAUCACGUUAGCCAGCUUCAGCUUUUCAGAUGUGGAAGAUCUUCUGAUGGAAGCAAAAGAGCUGUUUGCCAAGGCUGUGAAGCACUUUGGAGAGGACGUGGACAAAAUGCAGCCUGAUGAGUUCUUUGGCAUCUUCGACCAGUUCCUUCAAGCUGUGACUGAGGCCAAGCAGGAGAACGAGAACAUGAGGAGGAGGAAGGAGGAAGAGGAGCGCCGGGCACGCAUGGAGGCACAGCUGAAGGAGCAGCGGGAGCGGGAGCGCAAGGCGAGGAAGGCGAAGGAGAGCGGCGAGGAAGGCGGCGAGUUCGACGACCUGGUCUCGGCCCUGCGCUCGGGUGAAGUGUUCGACAAGGACCUGUCCAAGCUGAAGCGCAACCGCAAGCGCAUCACCAACCAGCUGGCCGACGGCAGCCGCGAGCGGCCCGUCACCAAGCUCAACUUCUGACGCGCAGGCGGCAGCAAGGACAAGAGCGCAGCGAGGCCACGCGAGGGUUGGUCUGUUGGAAGUGGCUGGGGGGGGUUGGUUUGGAUGGCUUUUCUUUUUAAUUCUACUGCCUUGCGGUCCGAAGCGAAUCGGUGGCAACGCUCUUCCUCCCCGCAGGCCAGCGUGUGUGUGCGCCUGUGUGUGUGAGUGUGUGUAUAUACUGUGUAUAUAGCCGGGCCAGGGGGUGGGUGGGGCGUGUGGGCAGCCCGCUGAUAGGGGCCAGCGCUGCCCCCUCCCCUCCUACCCACUCCGAAAAGUAGUUCUCCCCACGCACAAGCACAACGCCGCAUCCACGAAGCAGGAGAGGACGCGGCGCGGAGCUGCCGGCUGACCCCAAAGGCUGCUGCCCUCCUGCUCAGCCCCCCCGGGCCCUCUGCCAGGGAUGCCUUGCACAAAAGCCAAGCAGUUUCAAGAAGGAAAGGAAAAAACCCACCAACAAAGUUGACUGAACUUUCACCCGUUGGUUGUUCUGGGUUUUUUUCCGGUGGUGGUGACGAUCCCAGGCCCGUGCCUUGGCGCCGAUUCCCGAGCUGCUCUUCCUGCCGUCCUUGGGAAACGCUCUCUCGUUCCUCUUUGCCACCACCUUGCUAGAAGGGGAAAGGUUUCCCCCCAAAGUGCUUAUCGCUGUAACGCCACACAGAUGUAUUUAUACUUUUAUAAUGUUUUCUGGCCCAAGAUGAUGGGGGGAAGGUCGGUUCUCGGAGGAGACGAAGAGCAUAAACAUUUGCGUUGGUAGUUUUUACUCUCUGUUCAAUGGGACAAACUGUAUCCUCUGUAAAGGGUGAGUCGGGACUGAAGGUGUCUGACACACAAAGGGGCCGGUGGAAAAGCCAGCAGCUCUCACCCACCUUCAUUUCUCUUGUGUUUACCGGACACACAGAAGCAGCGAUGCCAAGAAGCGCUCGUCUCUUUGCCACGUCCUUUAUGUUUGUUUUUUUUCCGGCUGGUUUGCUGUUUGUUGUCAUUGCGGAUUUGUCAGUGAUUUCUGUCAGCGGAACUACCUGUCACACGUCAGUCCAAGCAACAAAAAAACCACAAAACAAGGAAAAAAAGACAAAAAUAAUAAUAAUAAUAAUAAAAAUAAUUCCAAGCUCUCAGGGAGUAAUAAUUUAAAGGUUUAGAAAAUUAAGGAUUGGAGAAUAAAAAGUAACCACCAUUAACAUAUUAACAUUUCUAUUCUUAAAUUAUGCUGAGUAUAUAGAGGACUGUUACUUUUUACUUUUAUUUAUUUGUGGUGUGUUUUUUAAGAAAACGAAACCUUUUUAUACCACCAGUGCUUUUAUGAUCCUUUGUUUGUUUGUUCUUUUUUUUGUUCCUGUGGAGAGAUGCGUUUGUCCCCGUUGCACUAGGUGUUAACGCUGUUUGGAGUAAGGUCGGUUGGGGUUUUGUGUUUGUCUUGUCAGAUAAUCGGUAUUGCCGGUGGGGGUUAUGGGGUGUCAGUUAACUCUAUGUACUGUAUAGCAAAAGUGCUGUUUCAGACUGAUUUGUAUAAAAGAAAAAGCAAACAAACUAUGGUUCUAAGCAGCUGAAGGCCGCGGGGUCUUUGUGCUGAGUGAAAGCUGUGAAAUCUCCGUCUUAACCAGAGCUGUCAAGAGCUGUGGUUUUACCAUUUUGUUCUUUCCUUCGUUGCAACUUUUGACGCACUGUAGAUAAGAAAAAAAAGGAAAAAAGAAAGGAAAAAAAAAGGCAAAAAAAACCCUCAAGAGACUUUGUGAGUAGCAUUGAAAGCAGUAAGAAAUAAAAGCAGGUAAGCGCAAGAAACAAGUCCAGCACCUCGUACCCAAGCGGCUGCGAAGCCUGCAGGUGACGUUCCAAGGUGGAGUUAAGCACUUUGCUUUAAGAAGGAAGGGGAAAUAAAGACAGAAGGUAAUGAUAACACUAUUCCUUAACUAAAGUGCCUCUAUUUAUAUGUUUUAUUUAUGGCUGAAAAACAACGAACGGGGCUGAUACAGUUGAGGGAAUGGGCUUGGGGGGGGGGUGGAAUUUAAAGUGUUUUAAAAAAUAAGGAGAAAAAAAUAACCAAACAAGGUUUAACAAAAAAAAAAUAAACAAAAAGCCUGGCCUCUGAUGGUUUAAGGAAUGGUUGGUCACACGUGUUCAAUUCCAAAGGCAGUGGGAGUGGGAACGGGCCAUCACCUACCAAGGGGGUUCCCUGGAUGCACCCUCCUCCCGCCUCCUGCCCCCGUCACCCCAGUGCCACAUCAGGACCUUUCCUGACAGAUGUUCCUCUUGCCCUUCUAAACCUGUUUUCUUCUGAUUGAUUGGGGUUGGUUUUUUCGUAACUUGUUUUCCAGCAGCCUCUCUAUCAUGCUGAGUUUGCCAUUUCUUCUGUUUUCUUUCCAAAAAGUAAAGAAGAAAACAAAUACUCUAUCUGUAUAAAUAACCAGAAAGGCUGUGUGCAGGUAAUUCCAUGUGCCAUUGUCGGCAACUACUCCUAGGUUGGUGCUGGUGUAAGUAGCCACUCUUUUUCUCUUGGGUGUGUAUUUUAAAGAUGAUGAGGUUUGUUUUUUUAAUAAUGCCAAAAAAAAAAGGGAAAAAAAGUAAUGAUUCCAUAAUAAUUUGUAAAGUGAAGUAUAUGUUUUGGACCUUAUUAGCUUCGUAGUGACCGAGGUAGUGUGGUAGGUGCAAGGAUGUUCGUAGUCGUAGCUAGCGGGAGAUGCUGUGUAAUGUUAUGAGACUGUACAUUUUCUAAGAUGGCAACAUGCAAUAAAGAGAAAUGAUU